AGAGAACAUAUACAUAUAUUACAGAUCCAUCCAUCCAUUAAUCUUUAAUUAAUUUAUUUUCCGAUGGCACAGUCAUCGGCGAUGGUCGGCGGCGCCGGCGCCAACAGCUAUGCCAACAACUCCACUAUUCAGAGAGAUGCUGUGACUGCCGCAAAACAAGCCAUGUCUGAGGCGCUCAUAGAAUUCUUAGACAUGCCGACACUUUUAUCAAAUGGAUCGACAAACUUAGUCACCAUUGCCGACUUAGGAUGCUCCGUUGGACCUAACACACACAUCGCCAUGCAAGCGAUAAUCGACAUAGUCACCACAAAGUGCCACUUACAAGGGGUUGACCCGAAAAAUAUUGAAUUCCAAGUAUUCUAUAAUGACCAAACCACCAAUGACUUCAACACGCUCUUCGCUUCCAUGCCUGGCGAUAAAAACUACUUUGCAGCCGGAUUUCCCGGUUCUUUCUACGAUAGAUUGUUCCCUUCUUCCUCCGUCCACAUCGCAUACUCUGCAUCUUCACUUCAUUGGUUGUCGAGGGUGCCUGAGGAGUUGGAAGAUGAAAAUUCUCCUGCUUGGAAUAAGGGUAGGAUUCACUACACGAAUGCCCCCGAGCCAGUUGUAAAAGCAUAUGCUAAGCAAUAUGAAAAGGACAUGGAUGCGUUCUUGAGGGCACGAGCAAAGGAGAUGGUGCCGGGAGGGGUGAUUGUCGUGGUGAUGCCAGGUGUGCGCGACGGCGUACUAAAACAUGAUGUUGGUAUAGCUAUUGACUUCCUCGGAUCCAUCCUUAUGGACAUGGUUAGAGAGGGAAUGUUGAAGCAAUAUCAAGUGGACUCAUUCAACAUUCCUCAUGUAUAUCCAAGUAUGACGCAAAUGAGAAGAUUUGUGGAGGAUAAUGGGAGUUUCCGAAUAGUGAAAAUGGAGCUGCGAAAUGCGAGGCCGAACAAGGAGGCUCCCGUCGACAUAGGGAGCGCAAUAAUGCACCUUCGAGCAUUCACAGAGGCAACCGUCGCUAGCCACAUGGGCCGUGAAAUCGUCGAACCCCUCUUUGCGAAGGCUCUCCAGCACAAGCAAAGGUUUUCGGACAUGUUGUACGACGUCGGACAUGAGAUUGGUGUUCAAUUAUUCGCUGUUUUGCAGCGGAUUUAAUUUAAUAUAUUAGAUUAUUAAUAUAUUGUCUGGUUUUGUUUUUCAAUUUAUAUAUGGGCUAUAUAUAUUGGUGUGUAGCAAAUAAAUAAAAGUUAUACAACCUUUAAAU